ACUGACCGAUCAUUUCCGUUUCCUUUUUUUUUCCUCUCCUCUCUUCUCUCUCUGCUUUUUUUUUGCCCUAUCCAUAGGGUUUUCUUCUCUCGUCUCAAUCUUUGAUCUUCAUGUGCAUCUCUCUCUUUGCUAUAAUCGGAGCUAAUUUCUUUGUUUUCUUCUUAAUCGUCUUCAGAUCUUUCUUUUUUGCUCUUUCCCACUGGUUUUCGCUUGAGAAAUCAAGCGUUUUCGUUUUUCCUGGGAGUUUUGAGCUCAAAUGAUGUCUCAGAUCUAUAGUUUUGCUGGUGAAAAUGAUUUUUACCGUCGCGGCACAAUAUACCCAAACCCGAAGGAUGCUAGUCUUUUGUUGUCGCUUGGUAGUUUCGUGGAUGUCUAUUUCCCUCCUAGUAAGAGAUCGCGUGUCGUUGCACCUUCGGUCUUCAGUGGUUUCGAGAAAAAGCCAGUUUCAAUUGAUGUGCUUCCAGAUGAGUGCCUUUUUGAGAUCUUUAGGCGUUUACCUGGACCGCAAGAUAGGAGUGCUUGCGCUUUUGUCUCGAAACAUUGGCUUACGCUUGUGAGUAGUAUCCGGCAAAAGGAGCUUGAUGUUCCUUCCAACAAAACUGAAGAUGGUGAUGAUUGUGAAGGGUGUUUGUCUAGGAGUUUAGAUGGGAAGAAGGCAACAGAUGUUAGACUAGCUGCAAUUGCUGUUGGGACAGCUGGUCGUGGGGGACUCGGUAAACUGUCUAUUCGGGGAAGCAGUUCUGGUAGCAAGGUUUCAGAUCUUGGUCUUAGGUCAAUUGGUCGGAGCUGCCCUUCUCUGGGGUCUCUUUCUCUGUGGAACCUUUCUACCAUUACUGAUAAUGGCCUCUUGGAGAUUGCUGAGGGUUGUCCUCAACUUGAGAAGCUUGACCUGAACCGAUGCUCUACAAUCACUGACAAGGGUUUGGUAGCGAUUGCUAGGAGCUGCCCUAACUUGAGUGAGCUUACAUUGGAGGCUUGUUCAAGAAUUGGAGAUGAGGGUCUGCAAGCUAUUGCACGAUCCUGCUCCAAGCUGAAGUCAGUCUCGAUCAAGAACUGUCCUCUUGUCAGGGAUCAAGGAAUCGCCUCUCUACUGUCUAACACCACCUGUUCCUUGGCAAAACUUAAGCUUCAGAUGCUGAAUGUCACUGAUGUGUCUCUUGCUGUUGUGGGUCAUUACGGCUUGUCGAUCACUGAUCUUGUGCUCGCUGGAUUAUCACACGUGAGCGAGAAGGGAUUCUGGGUCAUGGGAAAUGGUGUCGGGCUUCAAAAAUUAAACUCUCUGACCAUCACAGCCUGCCAGGGAGUGACUGACACGGGGCUUGAAUCUGUUGGAAAGGGCUGCCCAAACAUGAAAAAGGCAAUCAUCAGUAAAUCCCCUUUGUUAUCCGACAAUGGGUUGGUCUCUUUUGCAAAAGCUUCUUUAUCACUUGAGAGUCUUCAGCUUGAAGAAUGCCACAGGGUUACCCAAUUUGGGUUUUUUGGUUCCCUUUUGAACUGUGGUGAAAAGUUGAAGACUUUCUCUCUGGUGAACUGUUUGAGCAUUAGAGAUCUCACCACAGGAUUGCCUGCUUCAUCUCAUUGCAGCGCUCUGCGCUCUUUGUCUAUUCGUAACUGUCCUGGCUUUGGUGAUGCAAAUCUUGCAGCCGUUGAGAAGUUGUGCCCUCAGCUCGAGGAAAUUGAUCUGUGUGGGCUUAAGGGGAUAACAGAGUCUGGUUUCCUACAUCUAAUUCAGAGCUCUCUUGUGAAGGUCAACUUCAGUGGUUGUUCCAAUUUGACCGACAGAGUGAUCUCUGCCAUCACUGCUCGUAACGGGUGGACUCUUGAAGUCUUAAACAUCGAUGGAUGUUCCAAUAUCACUGACGCCAGCCUGGUCUCCAUUGCAGCAAACUGCCAGAUUCUCAGUGAUUUGGAUCUUUCGAAAUGCGCAAUCUCAGAUUCAGGGGUUCAUGCAUUGGCUUCCUCUGAUAAGCUCAAACUGCAGAUCCUAUCAGUUGCAGGUUGCUCUAUGGUGACAGACAAGAGCAUGCCAGCCAUCGUGGGGUUGGGUUCCACUUUAUUGGGAUUAAACCUCCAACAGUGUCGAUCCAUCUCCAAUUCCACUGUCGAGUUCUUAGUCGAGCGCCUUUACAAAUGUGACAUCCUCUCCUGAUCAACAAUUCCACUGUCGACCUCUCCACCUAUAAUGUAAGGUUUUGUUCAGGCCUUGGUUCUCUCAGAGGUUUGCUCUGGCUUUUGUUGCAACAACUCUAUUAAAGAGUUUUUUUGUGUUGUUUUUUUGCCAGAGCCCUCGUUUUUUUUUCCAGGCACUGUAUUACAAUCUGUAUAAACACUGUACUAAAUUAUGUAAUGCCCUUUGGGAUGGUUUAAUGAGUAUUGAAUAAAAUUCUCAUUUCGUU